AUGGAUCAGAAUCAGUAUUCGGCGUUCUCGCCAAUAUCAGCAACCGCUACUCGUCUUACUUUCGACAACAUUCCUCUCAACUCUCCUCAACACAAUGGUCCGAAGUCUUCCAAGAAGAAUGCCACACCAAAGCCUCCUGACACGUCAACAGCACCUGGAAGCAGCGCCAGGCGCAGGAACAGCACACCAGGCUUCAUUUCCGCAGACGGUGCCGAUAUCGUCUCCGUCGACGGUAACCUCAUUUCGCGAGCCAAUCCCUCGCCAGCCUUGGCGAAAGAUGCAUUGGCUGCCAUCGCAGCAGCGUCUUUAAAGCCGGCUCCUCCCAGGUCUGCAGCGAGGCAGAGCCGAGCCAUUGUUCCGGUUGCGGAGACGAGGCUCGAAGAGGAGGAGCAGGUCUGGCAGCGAUACCGGGAGUCAGGGUUGGACGAGGUCUUGGUUCUGCGGAAAGAGCGAGACGCGCUAAUGGAGAAGGCGAACUCGUUGGAUCAAGAGCUCUACGAGUACCAGUACAACAUGGGUCUGUUGCUGAUGGAGCGGCAGAAGUGGCUACCCAAGUACGAGGACGCGCGAGCGGCGCUGGAGGAAGCGGAAGCGGAGCUGCAGCGGGAAGCGACGGCGCACAGGGUCGCUCUGGCGGAAGCGAAGGAGCGGGAAAAGGCUCUACAAGACGCGCUCGCCAUCGAGCAGGACUGCGUCGCAAGCAUGGAGCGAGCUGUGAAGGAGCUGCAGGUGGAGGUGGAGGAGACGAAGAAGCACGCGCGCACGGCGCUGGACGAGGCCAACGCCACCAUGGCUGCCGCGCAGAAGAAGCUGGCGGCGGCGGAGGCGGCUAGCCGGCAGGUGGAGGCGAGCCGGAGCGAGGCGAGCAGGCGCAUUGCGGAGGCGGAGCGGAAGCAGCAGGAGCUGGAGGCCAGGGAGGCGAAUGGCAGGCGCGAAGUUCAGGCGGAGAAGGACAGGCUGGAGGCCAAGGCGCGGGAACUGGAGGCGCAGAAAGGGUCACUGAGUGACUGGGAGGCCAAGUUGAAGCAGCGCAAUGCGAAGAUUCUGGAGAGCGAGGAGAUGCUGGAUGCGCGGGAGGCGCGCAUAGGCGCAGCGAUGGACGAGCUCAAGGCGGCGGAGCAGCAGGCGGAGGCGCGGAAGGCGGCGCUGCAGGAGGAGGCGCGGCGGCUGGAGGGCGUACGAGAGCAGGCGCGGGAGGCGGAGAAGCGCGCGCGGAAGGAGGCGCAGGCGGUGGCGGAGGGGAAGGUGGCGCUGGCGAAGCGGGAGGGCGAGCUGGCGGUGCAGGAGGACCUCCUGGUGGCGCGCGAACAGGACGCGGUGGCAAGGGAGAUGCGCGGCAAGGAGUUGGAGCUGCGUGUGGCGAGCGAGCAGGAGAGGGUGCGCGAGUGGGAGGAGAGCCUGCGGAAGCGGCAAUCGGCGCUGGACGAUCUCAAGGCCAAGCUGGCGAGCGAGAAGAAGGGGCUGGACGAGGUGGAAGCGUCUUUGAGCAGUGGGCGCGUGCAGCUGGAGGAAAUGCAGGCAGAGCUGCAGAGCAAGGAGCGUGCGCUGCUGGCGGAGCGGGAGAGGGUGCAGGCGCAGGAGAACGAGGUGGAAGGGCUGCGCGCGCAGGUGGCGCAGAAGGAGGAGCUGGUGGAGCAGCGCGAGCAGGGCGCGCAGAGGCGCGCGGAGAGAGCGGCGGAGCGCAUGGCGGAGGCGGAGGCGCUGGUGCUGCAGGCGGCGAGCAGAGAGCGGGAGGUGGAGCUGAGGCAGGCACAGCUGGACAGGGAUUUGAGGCGGUUGGAAGUGGCGAGAGCAGAGGCGGACGCGGAGAAGCAGCAGCUGGAGGACCUCCGGGAGAGGGUUCGCUCUGAGCGCGCCGAUUCAGAGGCGGAGAAGCGCCAAGCAGCAGCUGCUCUGGCUAAAGCGGAGCAGACUAUAGCGGAGUCGGGGGUCAAGCGGGAGGCAGCGCAGGCGGAAAUGAAGCGGGCGCAGGAGCGGCUUGAGGAGGCGGAGAGGCGCGUGCAGGAGCUGAGAGCGGAGAAGGAGAGGUUUGAGAAGGAGUGGGAGGUGCUGGAUGGGCAGAGGGAGGAGGUGGAGAGGAUGGAGGUAGAAGUUGGGAAACUGAGGGAGAAAGCACUAGCUGAUGUGCAGAAGGAGAGGGAGGAGGUGAGGAGGCAAGAGAGGGAGGUUGAAGCGAGGUUGGAGAAAGGGAGAGAGGAGUUGGAGGAGGAGAGGAGAGGGAUUGCGGAGGAGUGGAGGAGGAAGGGAGAGGAGGUCGAGGCAGAGAGGGAGGAGGUGGAGAGGGAGCGGGAGAAGUUGCGUGAGGAGAGGAAUGCGCUGGAAGAAGCGUCUGCGGAGGUGGAGGGGCAGAGAGAGGCGCUGAAGGCCGAGCGGGGCGAGCUGAGGAAGGAGAUCGAGGAGAAGAAAACGGUGUUUGCUCAGCUGUCGCAACAGCAUGCAGCUCUGGAGCGGAAGGGGAAGGCGGUGAAAGCGGAAGAGGAGAAGGUGCGGGAGAUGUUGGCAGCGGCGGAGAAGGGUCGGAAGGAGCUGGAGCAGGAGAAGGAAGGGUGGAAGGAGCAGCACCAGCAGAUGCUGAGCGCCGUGCGGGCAGAGCGAGAAGGCGUGGAGGAGGAGAGGAAGCGGGUGGUAGCAGAGGCGCGGGAAGAGAGGGUGAGGCUGGGAGAGGAGGCGGAUGAGGUGGUGCGGGCGAGGAAGGAAGCGGACGAGGGCAGACAGCAGGUGGAGAGGGAGAUGGAGGAACUGGCUUUCCAGAGAGCUGCGUUACAGUCAGAGGAGAUUGAGCUUGGCAGCAGACUCGAGGACGUGAGCGCCCGGGAAUCAGCUCUUGAAGCGGCGGCUGAGCAGCUGAAGGGGAGAGAGGCGGCUGUAGCGGCACGGAUGGGUGAAGUAGAGGCGGCCCUGGCGGCUGUAGCGGCGAGGGAGGAGGAGGUGGUUCGGGCGCGGGAGGGGCUUGUGCGGGAGAGGGAGAGGAUGGAAGCAGAGGUUGAGCAGCAGAAGAGAGUGGUGGAGAUGGAACGGGAAGGAGUGGAGAUGGAAAAGCAGGAGGUUGCGGCGAGGGGCGAGGCGGAGAGGGAGAAGGUUCGGAUUGAGAGGGAGGCAGUGGGGAAAGAGAGGGAGCAGGUGGAGCGAGAGGCUGAGGAGGUCAAGAAGGCCCUUGCGGAGGUUCACAGGCAGAGGGGGUUGCUGGGAGAGGAGAGGGAAGCUGCUAGAGCAGAAGCAGCCGAGCAUCGGGCAGCGAUAAAAUCUCUUGUGGAGGAACGGGCAGCGGCGGAGAGGGGCGCGAAGGAGGCGAGAAACGCGUGGGAGAAGGCCAAGGGGGAGAUGGAUGCCCUGGAGGCUGAGAGGAAGGAGGUGCUGCAGGAGAGAGCGAGGCUGGAUGAGGAGCGGAAAGACUUUGUGAAGAAGAUUGCUUUGGAGAGGGAGAGCGUGGCAGUGGAUAGGAAACUGGCGCUGGAGAAGGUUGAGAGGGAUUCUGCUGGGGUGAAGCGGGAUAGGGAGUCUCUGGCGAAGGAGAGAGCGGCGCUGCUGAAGGAGCGGGAGAGGGUGGAGAAGGAGAAGGAGGGCGUGCAGAAGAAGCUGCUGGAGGUUCGGGUGGAGCGGGAGAAGGCUCGGGAGGAACGGACGAGCACAAGGCAAGAGCUGGCGGAGAGCAGGGCGGAGAGAGUGAAGCUGGGGCAGCAGAAGGCUGAGCUGGAGCGGGAGAUUAAGAUGCUGCAGGCUGAGAAGGCAGAGGUGCAAGGCGAGAGGGCGAAGGCGGAUCGGGCGAGAGAGGAGCUGGAGAGGCUGCGGGAGGGGCUGGUUGCUGAGCGGGCGGAAGUGACUGCUGCUUUGGGGAGGCUGGACAGGGAGCGGCUGGAUGUGGCAGCUUUGGCGAGGCGAGAGAGGGAGGCCGUGGAGAAAGAGAAGGCUGCUGCUGAGGCGAAGAUUGAGAAGGAGAAUGCGAGGCUGGCGAGAGAGAGAGGUGCUUUGGGGAAGGAGAGGGAGGCGGUUGGGAGAGAGAAGGACGAGGUGGUGGGAGCGAGAGAGGAGGUUAGGGCGGAGAGGGUUGCGCUGGCAGGGGAGAGACGGGAACUGAAGAAGGAACAGGCGGAGGCCAAGGCUGCUGCUGCUGAGCUGAAGGCUGCCAGGGCCGCAGCAGAGAGGGAGGCGGAGGGGGCGAGAGUGGCUGCUGCUCGGGCGAGGGCGGAGCAGGAAGCAGCGGUGAAGGCUGAGGAGAGCGUGGCUGCGGAGAGGGAGAAGCUUGCUGCUGCAGCGAGCGAGCUGGAGAAGGAGAAGGAGCUUCUGGAGAAGAUGCGAUCGGCUGCUGCAGCUGAACGGGCGGAAUUGGCUGCUGAACGCGCAGGGAACGAGGGGCUGCUGAGGAAGAUUGAGCAGGAGAGGGAGGUGGCGAGGCAGGAGAGGGAGAAGGAGAGGAGGGAGAUAGGAGAGCGGAUUGCGGAGCUUGAAGGGCUUGAGAAGCAGCAGGCGGAGGCGAUUCAGGCGUCGAGGAACAUUCAGGAGCAGCGGGCACAUCUGCGGGAGGAGAUGGAGGAGUUGGAGAGGGAGAGGGCGCGGCUGAGGGUGGAGGAGGCGAAGGUGAGGGAGGGUGGGAGGGAGCUGAUGAGUGAGAGGGAGAAGCAGAGGGCUGCGCUGGAGAAGGAGAGGGACGAGGCUGCUGCGGCACAGGCUGCCCGUGCUGCUGCGGAGGCUGAUAGGCUGGCAGAGAGGAUCGCGGAGUUUGAGGCCAGGAUGGAAGAGGAGAAGGCGAAGCUGCGGCGGAUGCGGGAGGCGGUGGAGGAGAAGCGGGUUGGGGUGGAGGAGGAGAGGGCGAGGAUUGAAGGCGAGAGGGAGGAGCUGAGGAGGCAGAGAGAGGAGAUGGUGGCGAAGCGGGUGGAGCUAAAGAAGGAGAUUGCAGAGAAGGAAGCAGAGGUGCUGCAGGUGGAGCAGCUGAGGAGGCGGCAGGAGAGGGAGCUGAGGGAGCUGGAGAAGCAGCGGGCUAAGGUGAAGGAAGAGAGGGAGGAGGUGGAGCGACAGAAUCUGGAGUUAGUGUCUCGCAGGGCGAAGGCGGAGGAGGAAGUGGCAACGACCCUGGCUGGAAUUGAGUCUGAGAGGGCUGCUGCUGAAAAGGAGCGGCAGGAGAAGGAGCGGGAUCUUAUGGCCCGCUCCCGGAGGCUGGAUGAGGAGCAGAGGCGGCGGCGGGAGGAGUGGGAGGCUCUGGUGGAAGAGGAGAGGAAGAAGAUGGAGCGGGAGAGAGAGGCGGUGGCGCGGGACAGGGCGGAUACUCAGAGGCACUGGGACGAUGUGCAGAAGAUGAUUCAGGAGCUGCACCAGCAGCGGCGGCAGCUGAAGGAGGAGAAGGAGGCGGGCAGGCGGACGGAGAGUGCGGAGAGGAGGCUGUCGGGCGGGUCGAGCUGGAUUGCUGGCGGGCAUGAUUUGGCGGAGCAGCUGCGGUUUGCGAGGGAGAGGCUGAAUGAGGAGCGGGAAGAUUUCGAGAUGGAGAAGAAGGAGCUUGAGGCUCAGCGUCGGUCAGUGGAGAUGGAGCGAGAGGGCAUGGCACGGGAGGCCGAACGGCUCCGUGUGCUCAAGUCCGAACUCGCCACCAUGGAGAACUCCCUGCUGGGCUCUCCUGCCCAGGCUCAGGCGAAAUCUCAGGUGCCAGCAACAGAGGCAGCCACAGCAGUAGCUGUUGCAGUAGCAGCAGCAGCAGAAGAGGCAGCAGAGGCAGCAGCAGCAGCAGCAGGAGCAGAUCGAGAGGGGGGGUUGUUUACAACUCCUGGAAGAGAAACCGGGGCUAAAUUCGGUAGUGCUGCUGCUGCUGGUGGUAGCAAGUCCCCUGCUGGUGCGGGUCCUUCAGGUAUGGAUGAGGAAAGAGAUACAGGGAAGGAAGGUGACGAGGGGGAGAAGGACGACGGGGAGGGUGUUCCUGAUGCUGACGCUGCUGAUGGGUAUGUGGAUGGGGAUGCUGCAGAGGGGGAUGAGGAUGAGGCAUUCAGGGAUGCAGAGGGGAUGGAAGCUGAGCCAGCAGAUGGUGCUGCUGGUGUGGCUGUCACUGGGGUGGUGGUUUCUGCUGCUGCUGCUGCUGCUGUGCGGGCUGCUGGGGAGGAGCAGGCGGAUGGUGCUGGUGUUGGAGUGGCGGAUGGUGUUGGGGCUGGUGCUGGAGUGGCGGUAGGUGUGGUGGAAGUCGAAGCUCAUCUGGCUGUAGCGACCGUAGCAGGAACGGCCGCUGCAGUGCCCAGCGCUACGGCCGAACCUGCCACACCAGUCAGAGCGCCUGUUGGAAGCCAGACCCCUUCGGGGCGUAUGAGGCGCAGAGGCGGGGCUGGGGAAGCAGACGGGGUUGCAGGGGAGGAGGUGGAUAAGCCGCGUCUCUUGUCGCCGUCGCUGCUUGAGGAGGUAAAGGAGUCUCUCUCCUCUCACCGCCCCUUAGCGGCUUUCGCAGCCAUUGAGAGGAGUCUUCUCGAGGAGUCCGCGCACCGGCGAGUGUUUGAUCAGCUGAUCGCUCCUCUCACUGACCGCCAAGGCCCGUGCGCCAAGGACAGCGCAGUGACGGGUGAGGCCAAGACCGCAGGCAACCGCGCGUUUGGAGAGCAGCAGUAUGCGGAGGCUGUGACCUGCUACAGCAAGAGAAUGGGACAGCUAAGGGAGGCUGAAGAGGAUUGCUCCCAUGCCAUCCACCUCUCUCCAUCUUACUGCGUUGCAACUGGCAGGGCAGAUUCCACCCAUACUACUGGUGCUACUGGUGCUACUGGUGCUACUGGUGCUACUGGUGCUACUGGUGCUACUGGUGCUACUGGUGCUACUGGUGCUACUGGUGCUACUGGUGCUACUGGUGCUACUGGUGCUACUGGUGCUACUGGUGCUACUGGUGCUACUGGUGCUACUGAUGCUACUGGUGCUAGUGGUGCUACUGGUGCUACUGGUGCUAGUGGCACUACAGGCUCCAUGCAUGGUGCAAGUCCCAAGAUGCUUCAAGACACCACGAAGUCUACCAGUGCUACUACAACACGAGUUGAUGGAAGUAAGGCAUUCGCAGCCCACCUGUCCUCUUUUGACAGCUCCGGCACCACAAAGUCUACCAGUGCUACCAACGCCACCAGUGCGACCAACGCCACCAGUGCGACCAACGCCACCAGUGCGACCAACGCCACCAGUGCGACCAACGCCACCAGUGCGACCAACGCCACCAGUGCGACCAAUGCCACUAGUGCUUCUCAGCAGGCAUGCGCAAGGGCUCCCCAAGACUCGCAUGCAGGGUGGGGCCUUCGGCUCGCUGCAGCGGGUUAUACAAGCAGAGGCACCAGAGCUGCUGCAGCCGGCACAGAGCCAUGCGCUGGUGCUCCCUGCCUGCCAGCUGGCGCUCCCGGCUUGCCAGCUGGCGCUCCUGGCUUGCCAGCUGGCGCUCCUGUUUUGCCAGCUGGCACAGUUGUGCUAGUUGAAGAACCGAUAGUUGCGGCACUCUUGAAGCCGCACCGCUCCUCCUGCUGCCACCACUGCCUGCUGCCCCUCCCCUCCAACCCCUUCCCCUGCCCUGGCUGCUCCUUUGCCCUCUUCUGCCGGCCCCUCUGCGCUGCUAUGGCUCUGGGAGUGGCAACGUCCAUUUCAGAUGCUGCUUCUACUGCCACAGAUGCUGCCUCUGCUACAGAUUCCACAGCUGCUACAAAUGCCCCACCUGCUACAGAUGCUGCCUCUGCUACAGAUACGGGUGCUACAACCGCAUUGGAAAAUGGGGGAGAUACAGGUGCUACAGCAGCGGAGCUGCUACAGCCGGGGUGGAGGGCAGGUGUUACCUGGUGGGGGGAGCAUCUGGGGGAGUGUGGCGGCAGCAGCUGGCAUGCUGCCUUGCCGGUGGAGGCCUGCUUGGUUGGUAGGGUGGUGGGGCAGGUGGGACUGGGGCAGGUGGGAUUCGGGGGGGGUGGACUAGCACAGGGUGAGGGAAGGAUUGAUGGCGGUGUGGAAGGAAGAAGAGGGCUGGGGAGGAGAAGGAGGGGGGUGGAUUCCUUCAUUGCCUUGUGUCAUCAUCUUGGUCCGCUUCCCCCUUCAUCAUUGCUUCUUCACAGUUUGAGAAGAGAGGUAGAAGGGAAGCAAGAAAAGGGAGGAGAGCAGCAGGGAAACGGAAAGGAGGUAGGAGGUGAGGAGGAGGAAGGGGGGGUAGAAAGAAGGGGGAGAGGAGAGGGAGAAGGGAUGGGAGAAGGGAUGGGAGAAGGGAUGGGAGAAGGGAUGGGAGAAAGGGGAGAGUUGCAGCUAGGGCAUGUAUGGCCGGAGGAAGAGUUUGUCCGUCUGGCUCUGCUCGCUAUAGUCACAUCCCAUUGCAUCAACUCCUCCCUCGCUACAGUUGCACUGGAACUAGCACAUGCAAAGGGGGAUAACAGGUGGAAGGACCAGCAUCACCAGCAGCCGCAGCAACAUGCCUUUUCUCUUCAUCACCGUUUGACUCGCUUCCGCGUGUCAAGUCUCCAAGUGCUGGUGGUGCUGGGUCAACUGCGGUUCAAUGCUGUGGCAGUGAGCCAGGUGCAGGGAGGGGAGAGUGGCGGCACUGCUGGUCAACUGGAGGGCAUUGAACAGGUACAGUGGUAA